CUUUGUGAUCCUGCUAUGAGUACUAUGACAGUCUGCAGCGGGCACAGUAAGGCAAUGUCUUCCAAACGGGUGACACAUAUGCCGAGGCGGAGUGCUUCUGGCACAAGCGCCGUGGCCAUCGACAACAAGAUCGAGCAAGCUAUGGAUCUGGUUAAGAGCCACUUGAUGUUCGCGGUGCGGGAGGAGGUGGAAGUGUUGAAGGAACGCAUCGCCGAGCUGAUGGAGAGGAUUAACCAGCUGGAGGUGGAGAACAGCUACCUGCGCGCGCACGCUAGCCCCGACACCUUGGCGCAGCUGCCGGUGGCGGGCGCCAAGCAGCCGGCCCCGCCGCAGGGGCCGCCGCCGCCUGCCUCGUAGAGGAGCGGAGCGUCCGUCGCCGGGCACACCGGCUCGCCAGUAUCGGCCUGUCCCCUCGCCGGCCCCGGGAUGAGCGAUGGCUGUGCUAUGUUAAUUCGUAGGCUAAACGAGGAUGGAGGCGGCGCCGAGGGCACGGGGACAGACAGACGGCCCGUGAACCGACAGUGAACCGCCAUGUGUCCAGUAGCGCGGCACUUGAACUAUCGAUAUUCUAUAUUAUAAUGCUUCAAUAUUAUUCUGUUAAAUAUUUAGGGAGCAGUAUCUCGUGCUAACUGCCACGCUUUUCCUACACGUCUCGAAGACGACACAUUUUGGUGUUUCUCACGUAAUACAUAGUCUCCGUCAUUUAAUAUCUGCUAUAGUUAGUUAGAUCGCUGUCCACGUAACCGUAUUCGAUAUAAGAGUAUCAUGUAAGACGUGUUUUAUAAUGAUUAAUACGAUGGAAUUAUACUUUAUAUGUGACAUUGAACAAUUGACUGUUAAUUUAUUUCUUUGUGUGUAUUUAGUUUAAUAUGUCGUGUUAAUUUAAAAUUAUUGUAAGUUCUAUAAUAUGAUCUGUCGGUUAGUGUUGAUAUGCGGUCGAGUCGUAUUCUACAGUAACUAUAGAUAACUGCAGUAGAUCUGUAGUGUUAUACUAAAGAGUCUUUUAGUAUUUAGACGUAUCGAGAGAGUGGCCUCGUUUGGAACGCCGGCUUUAGUAAAUUUUGCACGCUGAAACUAUCAAAUGAAAUCUAUUUUUAUUCCAACCCUAUACAUAGAUGAUAGAGGUUAUCGCGAUUUUGACGUUAUAUAUUUUGAAUAUUAUAAAUUGUUUGUAUAUAGUACAAGUGUGGAGUCGAGAUGUACAUAGGAGUAGAGUUAUGUUAGAUUCCAGAGUCGUGUCGGGCACCGAGAGAGAAACAGCCAGUGUCGCUGUAAUAAGUGCUUAUCGCGUUAUGAUAAACAAAGAACAAAAUGGCUGUAGACUGAUUGUAAUAAAGUGCAUGAGGCGUGCGUGAGAGGCAGUAGGGAAGUGCGGCCGCUCGGCAGCCGCACCAGUCCGGACUGUCCAUAAUACUUAGUAUUUUGUACAAGCCUAUAUGUAUAGAUGAUGUUUUAUUUAGUCCUCGUUAUAAUUGUGAAUAUUCAUUACUUCUUCUGCUAGAUAUGAUAUUAUAUAUGAUUCUGAAAAUUGUAAAUAUAAUGUUAACAGAAUGUCCGUUAGCUUUAUGUUGACCAGAUGGUUCCUCAUAUCCAAUAAAUGCAAAACUACUCAGAA